AUGUCCAAGAAUAGGUUGAUAAGACGUCAAUCAUUAAUCACCAAAAUACAAUCUUGGCCCUUUGAUUUUUGGUUAUAUAUCAAUGAAAUUAAAAAUUCAAUUAAUUGGGAUGAUUAUCAUUUAAAUAUUGCAUUACCAUUGGGUAUAUCAUUAUCUGUUAUUUUGCUAAUUGUUACAAAUAUACUAAAUUAUUAUAAAAGUAUAUCUUAUAUAUCCAAUAAUAUGUUAUUUGAUACAAAUGAAUAUAAUAAGUUAAAAAAUCAUAUAAUAAAGAAGAACAUAGUUUACAACGAGGAAAACAACUUCACUAAUUCCAUUCUAUAUUUAUUCAAUUUAAUAUCAGUCUUAAUUAUACUAAUUAGUUUGAUCAACACAUGUAAUAUUUUUACAAGUAAACGAAAUUAUAAUUUAUUAUAUUGCAAGAAAAAACCAAAUUCAAGUUCAACCUUACGAACUUCAAUUUACAAAUUUUCUAUAAUUAUUGAAAUUUUGGAUUUUGUUUUAAAUUUGUUUCAUAAACAGGAUCAUGAGGAUGACGAAUCAAGUGAAGAAGAAGAAAAAGAAGAAAAUGAUGAAGUUGACGAUUCAAUUUGGCAAUUAAAUGUGUGGGAUCCAUCUAAAUUUUCAUUAUAUCUUUUUAUUGUACUCAAUCCAAUUACAAGUUUUUUAAUUUAUUUCAAUAAUUCAAACAACUCCUUAUUAAAUUUAAUAAGUUCACUAACUUUAAUUUCAGUGUUCAACUAUUUAUUAAUAUCAAAAUUUUUAAAUUUAAUAAAUGAUAAACAAAUCAUAUAUCAAGAGAUGUUCAAAGAAUAUAAUUUCAAAUUUGUUAAACAAAAAACAAACAUUCCAAAAAAAGAUACAAUGAUUGAUGCAACUCAAGGUCCAUAUUACUCAACGGUCUUGAUGGAUAAUAAGAGUUAUACUUUUACAAAAUCAAAAAUUUUUACAACUCAUAAUUUGAAAGGUGAAAAAGUAACAGAAUAUGGUGAAAUUAAAUCACAGACUUUACCAAAAGAUAUUUAUUAUGAUUCAAGUAUACCCAAUAGUGUUUUAAGUUCAAGAAGAAGUUCAAGAAGAAGUUCAAUUUAUCAAGAUAAUAAUAAUAAUAAUCAUGAUUUUUUUUAUAACAAUAAUUCGUACCUUAGAUCUCCUAGCCCCAAUAAAUUUAGAAAUAAUACAGUUUCACCAAUUAGAAGGACACCAGUAGUUUCAAGAGUUAAUAAUUUUCAUAGAGCAAAUGAUCAUAAUUUUAAUCAACAUCAAAAUAACUUACCUAGUACAAUUAGUCCACAAAGAUUAUCAAAUGCAAAUUUAAAUUCCAAACCACAUUUAGAUUAUUAUAAAUCAUCAUCUCCAAAUAGAUCACUAUCACCGAAUCAUAAUAGAAAUUCAAAUAAUCAUAAUAAUUUUUCAAAUACCAAUACACCAAUAAAUUCAACUUCAUUACAUCAUACUCCUAUACCACCACCAUCAAAUUACAGUAAUUCAACAUUUAGAUCACCCUCACCAAUACGGAGAAAUUUGAAUAAUCCACCAUCAUCGUCAAAUAAAAACAAUCUUAAUAAUAAUUAUAGACCAUGGAAGUAA